AAUCCGCAGCGGAAGAUGGCGAUGACGUCAGCAGCUUCCGGUUUCCUUCUGAUGGCCAACGCCCCGGCUCCGGCGGUUCGUUCGGGAGCGCCGCCGCCAUGCGCCGCCAUGUCUCUCUUUCCGGGGAGGAGCUUCGCCGGAUCGAGGCUCGUCAUCAUGGCGUCCGAUGAGGCAGCUCCGGCGGCGGAAGCUUCUCCCAAGCCCAAGCCUCCUCCGAUCGGCCCCAAGCGAGGCGCCAAGGUCAAGAUUACGAGGAAAGAAUCCUACUGGUACAAGAACGUCGGAUCAGUUGUAGCCGUUGAUCAGGAUCCGAAGACCCGGUACCCGGUGGUGGUCCGGUUCCCGAAGGUGAACUACGCCAACGUCUCGACCAACAACUACGCCUUGGACGAGGUCCAAGAAGUACAAUAAGAAGUUUAAGGUCAUGGUUUCGGCUUAAUCUCUCUUAACCGAAUUGAAUAUACCGGGAAACUUACCGGUUAUUCUCCUCUCAGACAUUGUGACCAUCAUGAUCUGACAAAUUCCAUAGUCCUAUCUGUAAUGUUGAGUUUGAUUCAAUAAAAAGAUGCAGAUGAGUGAGGAUAAGAAGGGUAGCCUUGAGAUUCUCCACAUUAUAUA